AUGCUUCCUACUUCAGUUCGACAAGUUAGGUCUUUCGAGCGCUCCUCCAUCCGACGCUCGGGGUUUAUCAACAACCUAACAUUCCUCAAACGUUGUCGCGACUCGAACAUCAUCCCACCAGGCUUCAAACUCCACGACCCAGUCCGCAACCUUAGAUCCAACUGCAUCCUACUGUCAGCCAGCCAAGCCCUACUCCGAGAGCGCAUCAGCUAUACCAGAUGCACCCUCGGCCACCUGGACAAGGAUAUCGCCAACAUGAAAGCUACCCUCAAGUCGACUCUGCGACAUCAAGAUUUCAUCAAGGUCUCCUCCCUCACCCAGUCCUCCAGUCUUCAUGCGUUCAACACAUCCUGCAACAAGCAAAUCCGGAAAUUCCUUCGUCUCACUAACCGGAAGAUGAGAUCGUCUAUAUCUUUAUUCCAAUAUGCGGGGGCAAAGGGAUCAUCUAUAUCCCGCAACCCUACUACACCCGCAUCACUACCAGUUCACCUCCGGAACCAAGACGAAUUCCGACGACACAAUGUCAUCAACCUUAGUCAACGCACCCUGUCUAACACGGAGACAGAUGUCCUCUCCCUAGGCAUGAACUUUGCCACACCGCCCCGCUUCAUCCCCUCGGCCAACAUCAUCCAAGCUACCGAACCAGCAUUACGGAAGCUUGACAAGAAAACAGCCGAUGACAUCAGGGUCAAGAUCAACCAAGUCACCCGUCACACCAACCCCAUCAAGUUCAACCUCACCAAGCCUGAAGCAGAAGCCCUCAAGAACCUUGGGAACGACAAGACAAUCCACAUCAUCACGGCCGAUAAAGGCAACGCCACCGUAGUCAUAGACCGAACAUCCUACAACAGGAAGGUACAUGACAUCCUCUCAUCUGGUACAUACCGCCCUCUACCCAAAGACCCCACUCAAGUCAUCGAGAAGCGAGUAGCAGCCAAGCUACUUGCCCUUCAACUCCUAGCUAACAUCUUCAUGGAAGAGUUUGAAACCUCAUCCCUACUCACCGCGGAUCUCAAGCCCACCCUGUGGCUACGCUAUGUGGACGACACUUUCGUCAUAUGGCCCCAGGGUCAAGACCAACUCCAGGAAUUCCUCACAUACCUCAACAAACAACACCCCACCAUCAAGUUCACCAUGGAACAAGAGCAAGACGGCCAACUCGCCUUUCUCGAUGUCAACCUAUCGAGAAAGAAGGACGGUACUCUCAACCAUCGAGUCUACCGCAAACUUACCCACACCGACCGGUAUCUACAUCAGCGAUCCUUUCACCAUCCAGCCAUCAAGACGUCCGUCAACCGCACCCUUGUUCGCAGAGCCCAUGAGAUCUGCAACCAGGGCAACCUCAACCAAGAACUCAAGCACAUCGAGACGGCUCUCAAACUCAAUGGAGAUAAACACAUCAACCUCUCCAAACCCACCAACAGCACCAUAGGGUCUCCUAUACCCGAAGUCCACCCACCUACCCCGGCGUUAGGGUCCCCUAUACCUGAUGCCCCCAAGUCCCCCGUUUCCACAGUAUGUUUGCCUUUCCUGGGCCCCGCAUCACACCAACUCCGCAGGAUCCUUCAGGCAGCCGACAUCCAGGUCAUUCACUCAGCGCCCAACAAACUACAGAACCUACUUCAUACCCACAAGGACAAACACACACCCAGCAGUCGCCCUGGUGUAUACCGCAUUCCCUGUGAAUGUGGCCAAGUAUACAUCGGGGAGACCGGCAGGAACCUCCACACCAGACUUCAAGAACAUCGAGCACACGGCCGCAGAAGAGACUACGAGAAAUCAGCAAUCAUCAAACAUGCACACACAUCAGACCACCGCAUCGAAUGGGACAACGCAGAACUCAUCGCCCCCACCAAGCAUUGGCACCCAAGAAGAAUCCGGGAGGCAAUCGAAAUCUUCCGGCACAACACCGUCCCACAUCGGAUUCAAGCUGAGCGACAUCUGGCGCCCACUGCUAGCACCCAAGACCACCACCACACGGGCAGUAGGGUCCUCUAUACCUGA